AGACACACCACGAUGGCCGAGAACUACAAGCCACGUUGGUUGCCUGUCAUGAUUCACUUUACCAAGUUUCUAUAGUAGAGUUCUACUACUAUAUCUCAUUUCCUUUUAUCUUCAUGACUAUUCCCUAGCACUAACCACUACAGCAGAAAUGCCAUUUAUUCCCCAUACCCCAGAAUCACUUAUACCUCGCUCAGACUCGAGAGACCCCACUGCUACUUGCCGCGGACUGACUUCCAGCGGGCGGCUAUGCCGUCGUGCCAUUGCGACUUCAAGUCCACCAGCAACUGUGAGACUGUCUUUGCAGAGUCCCAUAAAGGACAUCCUUCCCUCAGAUGCCUUCUGCUGGCAGCAUAAGGAUCAAGCGACAUCUGCACAAGCGCUCCCACCUAGUGGCGUACAGAACUCGACCAUACGAGAACGAACGAGCGUCGAUACACUCGUUGACAGGCUAGGACUACUUGAAAUAAAGCCGGAGAAAACAGCUGGAAAGCAGCGGAGGAGGUCUUCACAACCCCGACCGAUAUUGUACGCAAGUGGCACACAUUAUUCCGAGAAGCAGCAACAUAUGAACCCGAGCAAGGCACCGAGAAUCCCUCCUCGCAAACAACACAAUGUCACACUCCUCUGCUGUGUCGGAGUUGCAGACGAGGAUCCCGUCGUUGCAAGACCUGCUCAGACUCGAAAUCACACAUCUCACAAUUCACGAAAUCGACCAUCAAAUUUCCAGCCAAUGAUCCAGUCACCACAGCUCUCGCAGCCAUCAAAACAGGUUCGGCCCCCCCGUCCAUCCACUGGAAGCCGGGAGAAACCCAUCAAUAUCGAUCCCCAAAGACCGCAGCCUGCCCGCGGCCCAUCAUCUCAUACCCAGCAACUCCUUUCUCUGAUACCUAAAACCACCUCGCCCCAGAUCACCUCUCUCCUCUUGGCGGAACUUUCCAAAACACCCUCCCAACUAGAUGAUGAAGGCUACAUCUACAUCUUCUGGCUCACGUCCACAUCACACCCGCAAACCCCGCCCUCAGAAGCUGCGUCGUCCCUCCUCGACUCCCCCCCUCGCCCUCUACCAGGCAAACGCCGAACAAGCGAGUCGCUCCAGACUUUCUCAUCCAGCACGGAUAGGGGGGCACGCAAGACGAUCCUGCUGAAGAUUGGCCGGGCGUCGAAUGUCCAGCGCCGUCUGAACGAGUGGUCAAGGCAGUGCGGGUACAACCUUUCCCUCGUGCGGUACUAUCCCUAUCAACCCUCAUCGCCGGGCCUUGGGGUGGGGACGCCAAAGAAGGUGCCGUAUGCGCAUCGAGUUGAGAGGCUGAUCCAUAUUGAGUUGAAUGGGAUACGGGCGCGGGGUGGUGGGGGCUGUGAGAGCUGUGGCCGGGAGCAUCGCGAGUGGUUUGAGGUUGAAGCUACGAGGGAAGGAGUGAGAAGCGUGGAUGAGGUGGUGAGGAGGUGGGUGGAUUGGGGUUUGAGAGGGACUACAUAGA